GCAUAAUAAAAAAACAACAACAACACGUGACGUGUGUAAUUACCUCUCGUGGCACAAACACUUCACCUUAGUUAGAAGAAACAAAGCGACGAAAAAGGUAAGAGUUAGUUCAGGUUCAGCCACAGCAACGGAAAAUAUUUCACCCACCGAACCAAACCAAACCAUAAUCAUUCAUCAAACAACACAACCUUUGCUUUGGUCUCAUACACUUCGUUCUACCUUAGGGUUUUCACCAAUGCCGCUUGAUUCCUCUGAACAAGAUGAUGACCCCGAAAUUGAGUUCUCCGAAAUUGAUCCUACCGGGAGAUAUGGUCGGUACAAGGAAGUUUUAGGGAAGGGGGCUUUUAAGAAAGUAUAUCGAGCUUUUGAUGAGUUGGAAGGAAUUGAAGUGGCAUGGAAUCAGGUUAAGGUGUCCGAUCUAUUGCGUAAUUCUGAAGAUUUGGAGCGACUUUAUUCUGAAGUUCAUUUGCUCAAGACUUUGAAGCAUAAGAAUAUUAUUAAAUUUUAUAGUUCAUGGGUUGACACAAAGAAUGAGAAUAUUAACUUUAUAACUGAGAUUUUCACAUCUGGAACAUUGCGCCAAUAUCGGAAGAAACAUAAGCAUGUUGAUUUGAGAGCUUUGAAGAAAUGGUCUAGGCAGAUUUUGGAGGGUCUUUCAUAUCUUCAUAGUCAUAAUCCACCAGUUAUUCAUCGAGACCUUAAGUGUGACAAUAUUUUUGUCAAUGGGAAUCAAGGGGAGGUGAAAAUUGGCGAUUUAGGAUUGGCAGCCAUUCUUCAACAGGCCAAUUCAGCUCACAGUGUUAUAGGUACUCCGGAGUUUAUGGCCCCGGAACUUUAUGAAGAGGAGUACAAUGAGCUUGUUGACAUUUAUGCUUUUGGCAUGUGCUUGCUAGAAUUGGUAACUGUUGAGUACCCAUAUGUUGAAUGUGCCAAUGCCGCUCAAAUAUACAAGAAAGUGACAUCUGGAAUAAAACCAGCAUCGUUGGCAAAAGUAAAUGAUCCUGAAGUUAAAGCAUUUAUAGAAAAGUGUACUGCUCAUGUAUCGGAACGGUUGCCUGCAAAGGCUCUCUUGAUGGAUCCCUUCCUUCAGUCAAAUUGGGAUGGUGAAAGCGUUGGUCUAUCUUCAAGAUCUAGAAACCAACAUUCAGGAGAUAACUUUGAUAAUCAAUCCAUUGAAAAAAGUGCCAAAGAUAAUUUUGUUGAGACAAGUAGGGAAUUUACAGUGGAAGGCCAGAGGAGAGAUGUUAAUACAAUAUUUUUAAAACUUAGAAUCGCAGAUUCCUCAGGGCAUAUUCGAAAUAUCCACUUUCCUUUCGAUAUUGGAGCAGAUACUUCAUUCUCUGUUGCUAGUGAAAUGGUUGAGGAAUUGGAGCUUACUGAUCAAGAUGUUUCGACUAUUGCUAUGACUAUUGACUCAGAAAUUAGAUACCACAUUCCCAGUUGGAGUCCAAGUGAAACUCCUGACAAUAAUUAUUAUUAUCAAGCUUCAGGCCAAACCCCUGAAACUAUGCUUGUGGCAUCUCCUAUGGGAAAUGAAUCUCCUGGCAGUCUUGCUUUAGAGAUAUUACCUUCAGGUCGUAAGUACUGGUCAGACUCACCCAAGACUUUUGGUGCAAACUCUCCAUCUCUGCUGCACGGUGCUUCAAACUUGUCUUAUGAAGUGGAAUGUGAUGGAACCGCUGAUUCCCCUUUCAAUAAAAGUAUUACAUCAGACUAUCUGGAAGCAACUGGUGGAAAGUUCUCUCAAGAAAAAAUGUCUGUUAGUUUAACAGAUUUUGAAACAGAAGACAUUAAUAAAAUAGCAACCAAGUUGGAGACUAUGUUGGUUAUGCAACGAGAGGAGUUAGAUGAAUUGAAGAGGAAGCACAAAUUAGCUGUCUCGGAUUUUUUGAAUGAAUUUUCUUCAGAAGUUUCUCUACAAGUUCUAAACAUCUGCAACAUGCAGAUGCCUGACAGUGAAAUGUAGGGUCAAGGGUGAACUUUCCCUUUCCUUUUUUUAUAUGGACGAUUUGUGAGAUUCGUUCCGGUUCAACGAUUUGUUUAGAAAGUCCAUUUAGGAAGAGUGAAAUUCUAAAGUUGAUAUCUUUUUUGCAUCUUUCUUCGAACAAACUGCAUACUAUUGAUAUUUUGGUUCAUGAUUGCUUGAGAGGGAUCUGUUUGAAUGGAAUUGCUCUUUGUAUGAUGUUAGGAAGAAAUGUUGACUUGUAACUUUGGAUCACUUUUGCAUGAAGAUUUCGGUGGUUGAGGGAAGGCUAAAUGUCCUCUUCAUGUUUGAGACUCAAUGCUAUUGGGCUUAAAAGAUAGGUCGUGGUAAGAUUGAUUAUUUUAAUUUCAUUUCCCAAUAACAGUUGUACAUAGUUUGGUACACGUUAUAAAACUAUAGAAAGUGUAUACUUGUACAUAUUACUGGUUUUCGUUUAAGUUUACGGGGAGGUUGUCGCAACUUAGACUUCCCCGCCGGUACUUGGGAAAAAUUGAUUGGUUUAUUUAUUUA